AUGGAGAAAAGAAGCUUCAGGUGGAGAAACUCCUUUACUCAACAUCAAAUAACUCACAAAGGAGACAAACGUCAUAUAUGCUUGGAGUGUGGAAAGAGCUUCAGGUGGAGUAGUCAACUUACUUCGCAUAAAAGAACUCAUACAGGGGACAAACCUUAUAAAUGCUUGGAGUGUGGAAAGAGCUUUAGUCGAAGUGGCCACCUUACUUCGCAUAGCAAAACUCAUAGAGGGGACAAACCUUAUAAAUGCUUGGAGUGUGGAAAGAGCUUUAGUCAAAGUGGCCACCUUACUUCGCAUAGCAAAACUCAUACAGGGGACAAACCUUAUAAAUGCUUUGAGUGUGGAAAGAGCUUCAGUCGGAGUGACACCCUUACUUCGCAUCAAAGAUGUCACACAGGGGACAAACCUUAUAAAUGCUUGGAGUGUGGAAAGUCCUUCAGUCGGAGUAGCACCCUUACUUCGCAUCACAGAACUCACACAGGGGACAAACCUUAUACGUGCUUGGAGUGUGGAAAGACCUUCAGUCAGAGUAGCACCCUUACUUCGCAUCAAAGAACUCACACAGGAGACAAACCAUAUAAAUGCUUUGAGUGUGGAAACAGCUUCAGUCGGAGUGACACCCUUACUUCGCAUCAAAGAUGUCACACAGGGGACAAACCUUAUAAAUGCUUGGAGUGUGGAAAGUCCUUCAGUCGGAGUAGCACCCUUACUUCGCAUCAAAGAUGUCACACAGGGGACAAACCUUAUACGUGCUUGGAGUGUGGAAAGACCUUCAGUCAGAGUAGCACCCUUACUUCGCAUCAAAGAACUCACACAGGAGACAAACCAUAUAAAUGCUUUGAGUGUGGAAACAGCUUCAGUCGGAGUGACACCCUUACUUCGCAUCAAAGAUGUCACACAGGGGACAAACCU